AUGACGAUUCUCAAAGUGAAAAGCUUCCAACUUUCUCCUUCAUCAGCACAAAAGUUCUCGUUCACUUGCACACAAAUCCGACUUUUUAUGACUGCCAAUUGCGAACUAUUUGUUAAGCACGUUCAAUGCACAGCACUUUCACAUAAAAAAGUAAAGACUGAAGAACAUCAACAACGGCUGAUGAAGGAGAAAACUUUUUUCUGUCGAUUAACAUUGCUGAGGUGA